AUCGACGUACUACAUCUAAUUUAUCACAGAUUCUAUGACACGUACGUCAUUGAAUAAAGAAGAAUAUACGUAAAUAUAAGAGGCCGAAAAGUAUAAGUUCAGUCUAUUAAUACUAAUUCUAAUCUCUAACAAAACUAACCUAACGAUCGUUAAAUUAUACGUGAGAGAGAUAUAAGUCGGACAUACGAAUCGACCGUCGAUAAGGAAGAUUCCAAACAACUGUUAAUAAAAACAACGUUGAAGAUAUACUUUGUAAAGGGAUAUCGCGAUAUCGUUUCGUCUUCUGUAAAAUACAUUGAUUUCAUCUGCUAUUGACGUAUUAAUAAUGGCAAAAAAUACUAUUGACAAUAAUAAUUUGGAUUGGAUAAAAAUAAAGGAAGUUGAUGUUACCGAGGACAUUGGACAAUUACCUGAAACUUCGAAGGAUAAAUUAUAUCGUAAAGUACGAGAAAAUCCUUUCGUACCAAUAGGUACGCUUGCCACAGUGUCUGCUCUCGCUUAUGGAUUAUAUAACUUUUCUAUAGGAAAUAGAAAAAUGUCACAAUACAUGAUGCGUACACGAGUUGCUGCUCAAGCCUUUACUUUCGUUGCUAUAAUCACUGGUUUAAUAUUAUCGCAGAAGAAAAUUAAUACAUAAUAUGUAUGAAGAAAUGUAAACAAAUUCUUUAAGUACUGAGAGUCGAUUUUUACCGUACAUAUCUAUUUUCAUUCAGUCAUGAAUAACAUUAUAUAAUUUAAACUUCUUCAAAUGCCUUAAUUUGUAUCUUCAAAUACUCCAUAGCAAUAAAACGAAAAAGAAAAAAGAAUACAUAAAAUAUUAUCUUUAUUUAGGAUUAAACAAGAAAUUGUCUAUAAAAAUAAAAAAAAAAAAAAAAGAAAAUUACAAAUGAUUUCUUCUCAGUAAAAACGAAAGUAAGAUUUAUCUAAUUCAUAUUAUACUUUGUUUUAUAAUAUAUAAUACUUUAAUCAAUGUUCCAGCAUAGAUAAAAGGUCACGAUUGAAACUCAUUUUUAUAAUCGCUUUUUACGCUUUAUUCGAUCGUUCAUUGAUCGUUUAUACUCUGGAACAACGUAGCAUAUGUAAUUUAGUUAUCGAGAUUUGACUAAUGUCAUUAUUUGGCAAGGCAAUGACUUGUUUAAAAAUAAUUUCAAAUAUUUGAACUAUAAUACAAUAUAGAUCUACGUCAAAUAAUUGUGACGUGAUUUAGAUAGCAAUGAUAUAUUGAUACGUUUACAAAGCAAUGUAUGUGUGUGUAUAUAUAUAUAUAUGUUGUUUAGAAAUAUAUUCAAAGAUGUGUAAGAUA